AUGACCACUGUAAGUACGCAUCCUCCUCCCCCACCUCCACCUCCUUCGAAUAACACAACAACAACUGCAUCCGAUGUAAACCAACCACCUCCACCGCCACUGGCGAUCCAAUCAUUACAAAUUUCAGAAAUAUCUUUUACAGGACAGACAGGUGGUGUGCCUGAAUCAGCAUUGGAUGAUGUGGGAUAUCCGUUUCAAACACCUGAGGAUCCCUCUGCACUAUUCGAAAAGAUUGGACAGGUUGGAGAAGGCACCUAUGGUAAGGUGUACAAGGCACGCAAUGGUAAAACAGGGAAAUUGAUGGCGUUAAAACGUAUCCGAAUGAAGACUGAAAAGGACGGGUUUCCGAUUACAGCCAUGAGAGAAAUCAAAUUAUUACAAAAAUUAAAACAUGAACGUAUUGUGCAAUUACAAGAGAUCAUGGUAGCCAAGGGCUCUGUAUAUAUGGUACUGGAAUACAUGGAUCAUGAUUUAUCAGGUAUAUUAGGUCAUCCUAAUUUCAAUUUUGAGCCGGCUCAUGCAAAAUCACUGGUCAAACAAAUGCUGGAAGGUCUGGCUUACCUUCACCAUAUGGGUAUACUGCAUCGUGAUAUCAAGGGAUCUAAUUUACUGAUCAAUAACAAGGGUGAGCUGAAAAUCGCGGAUUUCGGUCUGGCAAGAGUUUUUGAAAAGAAUAGAGCACAUGAUUAUACCAACCGAGUCAUCACACUGUGGUAUAGACCGCCCGAGUUAUUACUGGGUGCGACUGCCUAUGGCCCCGCUGUCGAUAUCUGGAGUGUCGGGUGUAUCAUGUUGGAAUUCUUUACAGGGAAAGCGGCUUUUAGUGGCGUGGAUGAAAUCACACAAUUGGAUUCGAUCUAUAAAAUUAUGGGUACACCUUCCGUUGAAAAUUGGCCUACCGUGAAGGAACUGCCUUGGUAUGCUAUGGUGCGUCCUAAUGAAAAUUACGUGUCCAAGUUUAAAGAAUCUUAUGCAUCGUUAUUAUCAGCGGGAGCUUUAGAGUUAUUAGAAGCCUUAUUAUCAAUGGAUCCAUUAAAAAGACCAUCGGCAGCUGAGGCGUUAAAUUUUGAUUAUUUUAAGACGGAAUUACCAGAGGCAGUGAUGCCUGCAAACUUAUUGGAUAUUGCUGGCGACUGGCAUGAAUUUGAAUCAAAGCAACGCAAACGUCAAAAGGGUUCUAAUUCAUCAAAUACCAAUAAUAACAAAUCCAAACAAGAAACUAGACCAAAAGCAGCACCUUCACUACCUUCAUCUUCUCGACCUUAA